UUCUGUUGGGGGCGUUGGGGCCGUCUGCGGCGCGGUGGGUCCACAGAGCGCUCCCCGAGAGGCUCGCCGCGCCAGGUCUCCGCCAGAGGCGCGGCGUCGGCGGCCCCGUCCUCGCCGCGGCGCGCGCCGCGGGGUGCCGCGUGUCUUGCGGCGUGCGCCGCGAGCAGACGUGCCCGUCACCCUAUCAUCAACACGAACGCGCGCGAGUUCUUCCGAAGGCGGGGCCAGGAGCGCGGAGCCGCGCCGGCGCGAGAGCGCGGCGAGCCGGGGAGCGGCAUCGCUGCCGAGGAGGAGGCCCCCUCGGGCCGUGGGCAGACGUCGGUGGGCGUCGUGGCCUGCGGCGUCAACGACCCGCUGAACGUGGGCAGCUUCCUCCGCCUGAUGGCCUGCUUCGGGGCAGAGGGCCGCCUGGCAGUGGUGCACUACGGCGACAACAGGGACGGGGACGACGACGCGCGGCGCCUGGGGCCCGACUGCCCCGGAUUCUUCGACCUGCCGGCCAUCUCGAGGCAGAUCGCCAGGACCGCCUGCGGUGCAGAGAGGAGCGCCGGGCCCAUCGAGCCGCUGCCGCUGGGUGCUUUCCUGGAGCGUGACAGGUCCUGCGACGUGCCCCUCCUCGUCAUCGAGACCGUCAACGGUGCGACCUCGCUGCAGGACUUUGAGUUCCCUCCGUGCUGCAGGAUUGUUGUUGGCUCCGAAGGCCGUGGGGUCAGCAGCCUCUUGAUUCAGGCUAUGCAGGCCCGGCGUGGUGAUGCUGCGCUGUACAUCCCAAUGCCGGGACCACACCCAAGCUUGAACGCCGCGAUGGCUUUGAGUUGCGCGCUGUACGAAUACCGGCGGCAGUGGCCGUCAUAAAGAGGUAGAUCUGUUCACGGCGUUUUUCGCUUUGACUCCCAGGGCACGGCUGAUUGCACGAGUUUGCCACUGGGAAGUUGACGACAAGGACCUUAAUUAGGAGGAAUACCAACCCAGACCUCCGACGAGGUGUUUUUCCUUAACGUGAACCCGAG